AUGGACAUCACCACCGCCCGGGCCGAGGGCCAGAAGGAUGCCGUCGAGAAGCUCCCUGGCGACGAUGCUGGGACCGAUAUCGAGGUACAGAAGCCCUCUUCUGUCGCAAAUGGCGAGAUCGACGGUACCACCAAGAUGGAGUCAAUUAUGGCGGUCUGGGGAAAGCACGGCAAAUUGAUUGUCAUUCUUGUCAUGAUUCUGUCAAUGAUUACCUAUGAGUUCGAUAACACCACGAUUUACACCUACUAUGUGUACGCACAGUCGAACUUCAAGAAGAUCUCAAACCUAGCAGCUUUAACAACAGCCGGUGGAUUGUGCUUUGCCGUCCUCAAGCCCCUAGUUGCUAAGCUGUCCGAUGUCUUCGGUCGUACCGAGCUGUAUCCCGUCUGGCUCCUCUUCUAUCUGGUGUCCUACGCCCUCUGCGCCAAGUCGCCCAAUUAUCAGAGCUAUGCCGCCGGAUACAUGCUGCACAUGUUCGCCCAGACUGGCGUCAAUACGCUGAACGAUAUUCUCGCCGCCGAUGUAUCGUCAGCGAGGCAGCGUGGGUUGGCAGUGCAGUUGCAGUUCCUCCCCUUCAUCUUCAUGCCAUUUUCCUCGGCUUUCGUUACACAGUCCGUCAUCAACGGAAUUGGUUGGAGAUGGGGAAUCGGCAUGUUGGCUCUCAUUAUGCCCGUGGGUCUUGGACCGUUGAUUGGCGUUCUGUACGGCUACCAGCGAAAAGCCAAGAAGGCCGGCUACAAGGCCAAGAUGGAGAAGAUAACUGUCUACGAGUUCUGCUCUGAAUUGGAUCUCGGAGGUAUGACCCUCUUCAGCGGAGGAUUAGCCCUGGUCCUCCUUCCUGCUACCCUCGCUGGCACUCUCGAAAAGGGGUGGGAGACCGGCUGGGUUAUUGCCUGCCUGGUCCUUGGCGCAUUGAUGCUCAUUGCUCUUCCUCCCUACGAAUACUACCUGGCCAAGCACCCGAUCGUGCCUCCCUACUAUCUCAGAGACCUCACCAUCACCAUCGCGCUCAUCAUGUACACACUCGACAGCUUGGCGCUAGGUGUGACUCACAGCUACUUUUACACCUGGUUGAUUGUUGCGCGAGGCUACAAGAUUCGGAAUGCACUCUUCAUUUAUGAUGCCAACCGAGCCAUGCAGUGGUUCACGGGUCUGGUCAUGGGUGGUCUUAUGUGGUGGACGCGAAAGUACAAGUGGAUCAUUGUUGCUGGCUCCAUCAUCCGUAUGAUCGGCUACGGAGUCAUGUUCCGCAUUCGACACGCUGACAAUCCGACCACCGGCGAGAUUGUUGUCGUUCAAAUGAUUCAAGGUUUCGGAACUGGUCUGGUCGGCACUGGUUGUUUCGUCGCAGCCACCGUUUCUGUCCCGCACAAGGAAAUUGCCCAGAUUACGGCUUUGGCUGUCUGUCUUUCUACACUGGGAUCAACCAUUGGCACUGCUAUCGGUGGUGGUAUUUAUACCAAUCACUUCAAGCAGGAGCUAGUCAAGGAGCUUGGCAGCAAUGGUACUGCCAAACUCAUUGCUACUGUUUUCGACUCCAUCACUGCUGGUCUGCCUGCCAUGGGCACACCUCAAAGACAAGGAAUCUCAAGAGCUGUAGGUGCCUUCGAGCCAAUUUUAUUUUCCUCGUAUAUUAACAUGCUACAGUACAACACGAUCAUGGGCUAUUUCACGUAUGUUGGCUUUGGCUCUACUGUUCCGGGUCUGAUCUUGUCCUGGUUCUUGCCUAACCGCGUUCUGACGGACAAGCAAAACCUGGUGGAGGAUGACCCUGCGGCGGAAGAGCUGAAGGACGUCAAUGCUGUUGCUGCAAAUGACGAGCCUGAGAAACCACGAACAACUUGA